CUCCUCUAUAAACUUUACAGCCUAAGUUAUUCGCGCUAAAAUAGUGUCGCCUUCUUGUUCGUUGCGUUAUUUCACUUCCAGGCCGCGACACGAGGUUCGCAGCUUCUCUGCAGUCGCAUGAUUGAUGGUAAGAGGAACUCCAAGGGCUGUAUGCGCGCGCAGCGCCCACCGACGGGCGACGUUACUGCGGCUCUUACGAUGAAACCACUGACAAAGCACAAUGCCGGAUGGCUCAUCGCGUAAUGUUUGCCAUACCACCUUUGUUCGACACAUCUGUCCUUAUGCCUCGUGUGUACGACACAAGGUAAGCGACCCGUAGCUGAUAUGUUGACGGACUUGAACUGCAGCUGCUGUGGUUUAGAUCCAGUAGGUAGACCUUGGAACAAUGAGCAUUCGGCGCUGCACCAUGUGUCACCACUGACACAGAUUUAUCGUUCUGACGCAGCCAAUGACCUGAACAUCCAUCGUUAUCUACACGGCUGCUAUGUUCAUUCCCUCUCGCCUCCACAGAUCUACCUGGCCUCGUAAAUUCGCCUUUUCACUGUUUAAGUAGGCACAAGGAAAUUCAAUCAGCGCUUUUAAAAGGAUUUCUGCAAAAACAUUACCACGUCAUUGGGUGACGGCCACAGGCACACGGGACGGCUUGAGACAGCUACGCUCCUCGAGGACAAAUGGCAUCCCAUCCGGAUGGAGAUCGAGCAGAAGAUAACAUAUUCUCAAUGACGGAUGUGAAUUCUUUUUGUCUGUCACUGUUUUGUUUCGUGGUUGCAAUGUAUUUUGUUCCUUUCGGAGUUACAACUCCACGCGUAGCCAAACAAUCAGCAUAUGCGUUAAGUUUCUUCUGUAGACGCCCUGGCAGCGGUCCAGGAGACGCAGUCACAGCUCGGAAAUGUACGGCAACUGGCAGCGUCGUCAGCCAGCGCAUGCCGAACUUUGGACGAGCGUCUUACAACUUUGGAGCGGCGCUCCGAUAAGCCUCCAGUUUUGGCGAGUUCUCCUGGCAAUAUGACAGUGGACGGACUCAGCAAUACAUCGUCCUCUACCGCUGUUUCAAAUGCGUCGCACGUGUCUAACGGCAUAUGCACACUCCCCCCUUGCCACGAUUCAGGCAUGCAUAUGCCUGCGUGUGAAUGGCAGCAGUUGGCAACAACCACUCUGCCCGUCUGUUCGGGUCACCUCGAGACCGAUAUGGUUACUCUACCGGAUCAGCUGAUAGAGAGAGGUCAUUCCACGAGAGCUGAUGAUUCGUUCGCACUACAUCGGCAAGGAUGUUGCCUUCGCAAGUCCGUGUCACCCGACCCGGUCAGAAGUCGACGAGGCCUUACGUCCCCCGCGGCCCAGCCCUCCUGCUUUGCGUUUCUCCCUUCUCCACCAUGCUCAGCAGCUGUUCCACAGUCCGACCACCGCCCUCAACAGUGUUGGCCCGACGCGUUGCGAGACAUCCAAGCCGGGCGGCGGAGCAGGUCACGUUGUCGUACAGAGUCCGAAGCAGGGGCACCGUUGUGCGCAUCGUGCUGCCAGCAAGUGAGCCUGCGUCGUGAAGGCUGCAUUGGACUCGUUGUACCGUCUGCUGGCCAUGUUAACCAGCGUCGGAGAAUGCCAAGUACAUGUGGAAGCCACAUCUGUUCGGACACUCCAGAGCAGAAGUCAACAGAAGCCAGCACUGGUUCUGGGAAUCAGGCAGGCCUUGCUGUCGCGACACCUUCUGAACCAUGGAAGACUGGUGACAAUGAAGAAGGCUGUCUCCAACAUGUUUUGAAGCCGAGGUGCAGGUCCUUAAGUCAACGGAAGGAAGACGUGAUUAGACCCGGCGUUGUUUCAUUCCAUCAGUACACACCUCAUGUCACCUUGAACUUCGACCCUCAAUCGGC